AUGGAAGGGUCGAAGUCACCCACCUGCACCAUGCAGGUCAGCUUCGUUUGCCAGCGCUGCAGCCAGCCCCUGAAGCUGGACACUUCUUUUAAGGUCCUCGACAAAGUCACCAUCCAAGAGCUGACAGCUCCUCUGCUUACUGCUGUUCCAGCUAAACCAGGGGAUGCACAAGACGAAGAUACAGCUUUGACAGAGGAAGCCUUUGUUGAAAACCGCCAGGAUGGUGUGUCCCGAAGAUUCAUUCCUCCUGCCAGGAUGAUGUCAACAGAGAGCGCCAACAGCUUUACUCUGAUCGGAGAGGCCUCUGAUGGAGGCACCAUGGAGAACCUCAGCAGAAGACUCAAGGUUACAGGUGACCUGUUUGACAUCAUGUCUGGGCAGACGGAUGUGGAUCAUCCUCUCUGUGAAGAAUGCACCGACACGCUUCUGGACCAGCUGGACACGCAGCUCAACAUCACAGAGAACGAAUGUCAGAACUACAAGCGAUGCCUAGAAAUUCUGGAGCAGAUGAAUGAGGAUGACAAGGAGAAGCUGCAGCUGGAACUGAAGGAACUUGCUCUUGAGGAGGAGAGGUUGAUAGAGGAGCUGGAGGAAGUUGAGCAGAAGCGCAGAACGAUGGCUGAAGCCUUUGAGAAGGUCAGGGCUGAGGCAGAGCGGCUGGAUCAAGAGGAAGUGGAGUACCAGAAGGAGUACAGCGAGUUUAAGCGGCAGCAGCUGGAACUGGACGAUGAACUGAAAAGUGUCGAUAAUCAAAUGCGCUAUGCCCAAAUGCAGCUGGACAAGCUGAAGAAAACCAACGUGUUUAAUGCCACCUUCCAUAUCUGGCACAGCGGGCAGUUUGGCACCAUAAACAACUUCCGCCUGGGCCGCCUCCCCAGCGUCCCCGUGGAAUGGAAUGAGAUCAACGCAGCCUGGGGCCAGACUGUCUUGCUUCUCCAUGCUCUGGCCAAUAAAAUGGGCCUAAACUUUCAGAGGUACCGCCUCAUCCCAUAUGGAAACCACUCUUAUUUGGAGUCCCUCACAGACAAAUCCAAGGAAUUGCCCCUUUACUGUUCAGGCGGCUUGCGAUUUUUUUGGGACAACAAAUUCGACCACGCCAUGGUAGCGUUCCUGGAUUGUGUGCAGCAGUUCAAAGAGGAGGUGGAAAAGGGCGAGACACGCUUCUGUUUGCCUUACAGAAUGGAUGUAGAGAAGGGCAAGAUCGAAGACACGGGCGGGAGUGGCGGCUCGUACUCCAUUAAGACGCAGUUUAACUCCGAGGAGCAGUGGACAAAAGCCCUCAAGUUCAUGCUGACCAACCUGAAGUGGGGCCUGGCCUGGGUCUCCUCCCAGUUCUACAAUAAAUGACCGAGAGUGAAGCGGGG